AUGAAUAUUUACAAUUAUCUCUUUAAGUUCAUUAUUGUCGGAGACACUAAUGUUGGCAAAAGCUGUUUACUAUUAUAAUUCACUGAUUCUCGAUUUAGAAAUGAACAUGAUGCAACUAUUGGAGUAGAAUUUGGAUCAAGAAAUCUCAAAAUAAAUGAGAAACAAAUCAAACUGUAAAUAUGGGACACUGCUGGAUAAGAAUCAUUUAAAUCCAUUACUCGUUCCUAUUAUCGAGGAUCCAUAGGAGGAAUCCUUGUCUUCGACGUUACUAAUAGAGAGUCAUUUGAUAAUGUGUAAAAAUGGCACACCGAAAUUCAAGGAUAUGCUUGUGAUAAAAUUGAAAUGGUUAUUGUGGGAAAUAAAAUCGAUUUAGAAGAUAGAAGAGAAGUGAAAACUGAAGAAGGAAGGAAGUUCGCUUAGAAACAUGGCUUUGAUUACUUCGAAACAUCUGCCAAAACAGGAGAAAAUGUUGAUGCUGUUUUUGAGUCCAUGGCAACUAAAGUCUUAGCUAAAAUUGGAAGUGGAGAUCUUGAUCCAUCAUAAGAAAUUUAUGGAAUCAAAACAGGUUCUAUUGGUAUUUAUAGCAAACCUGCAAAUCCACCUACAAAUAAUUAACCUUCAAAACCAUAGACAAUAACAACUAAUUAAAAUCAAAAUUAGAAGUCUGACACCUGCUGCUGAAUCAUCAUUGAUUUUAUUAAAUUAUAUCACCUAUUGCUAUAAAUUAAACAAA